AUACAGAUUUAUCUAUCAAAGUAUCUGAAAAAAGUGACAUAUCAUUAGAACGAUCUCCGUUAAAAACGUCGUUAAAUGCAAAUAAUAAGCAAAUAUGGUGUAAAGAUUGUGAGAUUUCGGUAGACGCAAAGUUAUUUCAAAGUCAUAUUCACGGAAUCACUCAUCUAGCAUUUUCGAAAAAUAUAAAUGAAGAACCUUUACCCGAUCCUUUGACACUUAAUGAGUUAAAAAGGUUAAAUUCGAAACAAUCGGCAGCUCAAUAUGAAAAAGAUCGCAGGGAUAGAAUUAGAUUACUUGCUUAUAUGAAUAGAUGA